AAAAAGCCACCAGGAUCUCAGAGUCAGAACAGUUUUUUUCUAAUAUACAAAAGUGAAGCUUGUCAGGAGUUGAUCCACUGCCCUAAAGUACUGUCAUCAACUGGACCAGAAAUACUUGUGUGCGUGAAGGGAGAAGGGGGGGAAAUACAUUUUCAAGUCUUGAUAGUAAGUAUUUUUCUAACUGCUAAGUAAUGACUGCAUGAAUGCCUUUUAGAUCUAACUGAUCUGUUUUGAAUGACACACUGAUAUUUUUUUUGGGGGGGAUGCCUGUUUACGUGGACUUCUUUGUUGAAGGAUGGUGGUGACCCUACGGAGUCUAGUAUAUAGGGUAUGGUGGAAACUGAGAGUUAAUUGGGUCUAUGUUUUUGGAGAAUAAACGAGUUUUCCAUGUUGGACCUCAGCAGAGGAACUCCGCCCCCCCCCAAAAAAAAUCGAUGGGCAUUGCCAUUCAAAUAGUGUGUGUGGUGUCGUGUCAUGUGAUCGAUUGUGCGGGUUGGGACUUACCUGCCCCCUCCCAAUAUUUUAUUCCGGAGCAACCAGUCCUUGGAGGAAAUGCACUCUGCACCUGCUCAAGGACACACUUGCAGCGCAGAAUGAGCGCCGGCAGGGAUGCCGGCUCAGAAUGAGAGCCUGGUCUCUUCCCCUCAUCUCCAUUACCCCCGCUUUUCAUUUUGCCAGAGCCCCCCACCCCUCCAGGACGGCCGGGGAAUUCUCCAGUUUCCCCGAGUCCCUGGGUGUAUUUAUAGCUUGACGGCGCUUCCAGCCUAAAAUAACCCGGCUGGGCCAGAGAGAGGGGCCCAGGCGGCGCGGCCAGGGCGCUGAGAGAGGAGAAGGAGGAGGGGGCGGCCAGGGCGCGCGUGUGCUGCGUCGGGACAGCUGCAGCCGGGCCGGGGCUCGCUUGGAAUGCGGGAGCGGGCUGCGCACCGGGACUUUUAUGGAAACUUGCAGAGCCCGGCGCUGCUGAAGCCGCAGCCAAGGGGCGCGCGGCGGCGGCGACGGCGGCGGCAACAGCAGCAGCACCACCAGCAGACGGUAGCAGCAGCAGCAGCAGCAGAAGAAGCAGAGCAGCUUCCCAGCUUCCCUCCCGCCCACCCAGCCGCUGGGAUUAUCUGGAGACGCAGAGCGAAGCGCGCAGGGGGCUCUCAGGUACGGGAAGCCGCCUUCGGGGGCACGAGAGAGUGUUUGGUGUUGUUUUGGCGCGAAGGUCGGCCUGAGAGGCGGGCGUUUUGGCGCGCAAUGAGGCGAGGGAGCCCCAGGGGGGACGGUCGCGAGGGAGAGCUCUCUCCCUCUACGAACAAGAGGUUCCCUUUGGCUUGACCUUGUCCAACUUGACUUGUAUUUUGUCCUUAAUUCGGUCUUCCUGUGACAGGAGAGAGGGAGGGCUAGCAACCCCUCUCCGUCCCCCACGGAUUUUUUUUUUUUGGCACAGCGAAAAUUCCUUUUUCUACCCCCUCUUCUCUCCACCAGUCAGCGCGAUCUGUUUCAUGUCUCCUCAGACGGUCGAAUUUCUCUGUCGUUCUUCUCUCGCUCCCCCCACACCCACCCGUCGCAGGGCUUUAGUUUCCCUUGACGUCCGAAGAGCAACAGUUGGCGCACAUUCUUGUCUAGACAAGAAACGGGUUUUAUUUGGAAGAACAUUCUGGGGGCUUCGCUGUGGGUCCCUUUGCAGCUUCUGAGUUGGUAGGGCUUGUUGUGCAUUAACAGCCCUGAAGAAGGAGGCUGUUGCUUGUGUGGCACCGCUGGAACAGGCUAAUAAAUCCAUUUCCAACGAGGGCCCUCUUCUAUUCUGAAACAAAACUCCCUUGGACAUAUCGCAACGCUCAAAAUUCAGAGCCAACAGCUCUCACGUAUUUUUUUUUAAUGGAAUGACAAUUGAAUGCAACUUUCCCAGGGCGAGGGGUGGGUUGUGGAAGGGAGUUGAACUAAGUCCUGGAGAGAACAUCUUGGAUUAAUGCAGGUGCGUUUUCUGCUUUCCCGAGGUCAGAAACCUUUUGCUGAAAGGUGUGGAACUGAUCAGUGGCUAAGGAGAUGACAACUAGGAAUAAGGUGCUGAGCUAAUAUUAGAGCAAGGGGGGUGGUGGCAGCAGCAGCAGUAGCGAUAGUGUCGCCAGAUAAGUGGGUGGGUGAUCUCUAAACCCGGCUCAGCAAACCUUUCUUGCUCUUGUCAUUUGUUCGUCUUGUAGUAGUGAUUUUGCCUUGCUUUGUGCUAAUGAGAUGUGAGAAAGCUGGUCUGGGUGACACUGAUAAUCUUCAUAAUUCAUUAAAAGUUGCUCCUCAAAGUUUCAAGUGUUUUAGCUGCUUGUAUCCGCUGCAUAGCCUUAUUCUAUGCUGAAAUGUACAGAGAAAGAUAUAAUCAUAAAUGGAAAGGCAAAAGGUUAAUUGGUCAGUGGAACCAAAGAAAACCUAAACUAGAAAGCCCAAAGCUUCAUGUUUAGGAGAUAUGUCUUUUACAAGUGAAUCAGGGGUGUGAGGUUUGUGCAUAAAAUAUCAGCUGAUUUUAGGUAGAAUAUAUUGAAUUUUAGACUUUUUGAAUAAGAGGGGUGUGCUACGAGUGUACGCACCUUUAUGAAUGCUUAACAGACUGCUUUCAGAAAUAUUUUUUGCAGUUGCAUUAAAAAAUAUACUAGAUUUGUUGCUAAACAGAAAUAUGCAUUUUGUUUUGUGUGCCGAGAUAUCUUCAACCAUAUGUUCUAUUAAAUGAGGUGGGGGGGGCAAGCGUGGUUGCCUUUUAUUUUAUAUCAUCAUGUAGCUGAUCUAUUUUACUAAAUGAAACCUAUUUUUCAUUGUGACACUUCUCAAAGCUCUGGUGGUAUUUUAUCGCAAGGAGGUCUGUGUGAAUGCCAGCCCAACUGGAGCAGUUUCUCUGUAAAACCCUAAAUGUAUAUGUAUGCAAGUAAUGGUCAGUAUUAUUAUGUGAAUGGCAAAGUGCACAAUCAGAUCUGACCUCUGCAAUGAACCUACUAAAGCAGCCUUUUCCAACCAGCUGUCCUCUAGAUGUUUUGGACUACAAUUCCCAUCAUCCAGGGUUCACCUGAGACAUUUUGACAUCAAAGGCGGAUCACAAAUUGGCAUGAGAAGGAGUGAGUUAAAAUCUACGUCAAGAACAAGGAAGGAAUAAAGAUCUACAUCAGGAUCUGAUGCCCAUGUGGAUCCUGCCACCUGAGGCAGUUGCCUCAUCUUGCCUCUUGGGUGGAACGGCCCUGCCACCAUUGGCUGUUCUGUCUGGGACUGGUGGAAGCUGUGGUCUAAAACAUCUGCACUGUAUUUCAGUACUGUCCAUGCUGACUAGAGAUGGCUUUCCAGGGUUUCAGACAGGGUUUUCUCCCAGCUCUACCUAGAGGCCCUGAGGAUUGAAUUUGAGACCUUUUGCACAUAAAUAACAUGUUCUGCCACUGAGCUAUGACUCUCCCUCAUGUAGCCUGCCUGAUACCUGGUUUCUGUGCAGGCCCAACUGUCAUCGACAUCUUAUACACUUGCAGGUUCCUGAUAGGCAGUUUUGGGAUUUAAAGGAAAAUGCCAUUUUAUUUUAAUUAGUGUGUAUUUAUGUGUACCUAGAAUAUCUUCCAAGUAUGUAGAAGCCAUUACCUUAUUUUUGGCUUCCCCAUUUCACUUCCACACUGGUAAGUGCUCAACCACAUAAGGGAACCUGCAACAAAAUGUUUCAGUGUACAGUGGUUCCUCAGGUUAAGUACUUAAUUCGUUCCGGAGCUCCGCACUUAACCUGAAACUGUUCUUAACCUGAAGCACCACUUUAGCUAAUGGGGCCGCCUGCUUUAGCCGCGCCGCCGGAGCACAAUUUCUGUUCUCAUCCUGAAGCAAAGUUCUUAACCUGAAGCACUAUUUCUGGGUUAGCAGAGUCUGUAACCUGAAGCGUAUGUAACCCGAGGUACCACUGUAUCUUCACCUCCAUGUCACCAAGGUUAGCUGGCCCUCAAGUGACAAUGCUGGAUCCAGGACUCCCCAAAGACCUCAUCCAGAACAGACUGCAUACUCACUUCCUGAACAUGGGAACCACCUACCUGCAGUACAUCUGUCUUGUCAGGAUUCAGUCUUGGUUUCUUGACCUUCAUUGAGCCCAUUACCAAACCCAGGCACCAGUCCAGCACCUACGUAGCCUCACAUGACUCGGAUGACAAACAGACCUGUGUUUCAAUGAUACACUGAUGACAGCUCACUCCAAAUCUUCUGAUGACCUUACUUAGCAGUUUCAUCCACAUGUUGAAGAGCAUGGGAGUCACGAUGAAUAAUACCUUGCAGUACUUCACAGCACAGCUGUUGGGGCAGCCUAAGCAGAAGUCCCCCAAUGUUACUGACUAGGUGAUAGUUGUUAGUCUCAUGAAUCCAAAUAGGACUUCUUAAGGAACAGCUGUGCUACAGCUCCCGGUACCUUCAAAGAAGAAUCCAUGACCACAUGAACCCACCCAGUCAAUUCCCUCCAGAUAGUUCUGAUCAAGAGCAAUCCUGUUUUGAACUAGGUAAAAUAGUUUAUUAUAACAGUUUAUUUGCAGUUGUUAUGUGAAUGUUUAAAUUGAAUGUAUUCUGGUUUAACUGCAAUAAGGCACCAGGACUAGGGUGGUAAUCUGAAAUCCAAGUUUCGAGGAGGGACUGAAAAGGAAAUCAACAAUAGUAGUUGCAUUCCAAGAAUAAGGGGCAACAAGGAAAAAUGGCUAGCAUCACUUAAGGGAACUGGAGACCCUUGGACAGCUGCUGGUGGGUAUAAAUGUAUAGGACUGCUUGUACUAUUUAUUUAAUUUUUUAGAAAGCAGUGCUCCCAUGCCAUAUGCCAUAUUGCUUUUGAAACUGAAGGGAAUGAUAACAACCAGCUUUUUUAUUAUGAUGCAGAGUUCAAAGGCAAAAAAGAGAGUAUAACAUUCUUCUGACUGCAGAAACUCUCUUGUAUGACCCAAGCAGCUCUUUGAAUCCUGGCCUAAGAUUUAUUUUUUUAAUAGGACUAUUCAAAGCAGAUACGAAGUGGUGUUUCCAAAAAUGUUAUAAAGUGACCCAGAAAUUUACGGUGGGGGUGCCGAGGAAGUUAAUGUUGUUCUUCAGUACCUUGGAGCACGUUGUUUCCGACGCCUGUUCCAAAUUGUUGGUAUCCUGGGAAUCAUCCUUUGAUCCCAAUGGUGGCAGCUAUUGGUUAACUUGACAUCUGCAAAUCACUACUGGAAUGAAAACUGCUAGGCUUUGCACAUUCAUAUUUCGUUCAUAUGCUAGGCAAUGAAGCUGGUUUCAUUGUUUUCUGUGUUUGCGGUUUUACUGGUAGCAGUGGAUGAGCAUUUUUGUCCUUUGUGCAGCCUCCUCUUCUUGCCAUCAUAAAAUAAUGCAACAUCACUGUUUGUAGAUUUUGAUGGGAAAAUAAAAAGGGGUAAGAUGAUGUGGUGUAUGUGUGAUGACUUCCACAUAUGGAUGUGGAAAAAGUAAUUCAGUUAACAAGAUCAAGGAAGAUGUUUUGGAACAAUGUGCUCCUUUUUCUAAUUUAUGUGCUGCAAGUUGCAGUGAAAUGGAAACUGGCAGCUAUUAUCCAGGACAUGCUGUUAAGGACUUUUUUCUUUCUUUUUUUUUAAAGUAGACAUACGUAUAAUGACUGGACAACUACCACAACCUAAACCCUGAAAUAAAGCAAAACUCAAUGAGAAAUGUAAUGUUGAAUAUAAAAUUCAGCUCUGCAAAGCCUUUGAAAAGUUCAAGAGAGCACAUGGGAAUUGUAUAAAGCAGCUAGCAAGCUUUAAAAAAAAAAGGGACCAGGGUGGUGGAGUGAUGGGGAAUUAAUGAUUUUGAAGCAACUCUGUCCACUUGCUGACAGAAGCUUUAUUUCUACAGCCUUGCAUGGUAUAAUGCAAGGAUCAGGAACAUGCGGUCCUCCAGAUGUUGCUGGAUUAAAUUUUCCAGCAUCCUUGAUCAUUAGCAAUGCUGGCUGAGGACUGGAUUCCAACAGGUUCCCCUUCAACAAAAUGUCAGUCAUGCUCAGUAACUCCCUAGUCUACCCUGUCUGGUGGUUUUCUUCUUAGAUGUAUCUUUGAGUGUUUGUCUAAAAUGCCAUUUUCUCGUUGGUUCAUAUGGAUCUGCCAUAUUUAUGGCUUGAAAAUAAUACCUGGUGUCCAAGGUCAUUGUUCUAGAGCAGGCAUGUCCAACACGUAGAUCGUGAUCUACUGGUAGAUUGCGGGGUGUUCUUUGUAGAUCCUGGCAGAUCUUUGGCCUCUCAGUGAUCUCCUCCCUCCCCCCAAGAAAGGGAAAAACAACAACUGUGGGUUCCUAAAAAACUCAACAACUUUGGCUUCCUAAAGAAAGCUCAGCAACUUUGGUCCAUUCAACGACAAUGGAUAGAUCACUGCCAGUUUUUUUAUACUGUAAGUAGAUUGCAGCCUAUUGGGAGUUGGACGUCCCUGUUCUAGAGAAUAUCCCUCCCCCCCAUAUAUUUUGAUCCCAUCCCUAUUCCCACAUAAGAUCAACAACAUUCUGUAGCUUGACUGUGGAUUAGACAUGAGCUACUCCUGAAUUGUGGAGGAUUACAACUUUUUACUCUGGUCAACAGAGUGUGGUUUGCCUGAAUAUAUAUAUGUGUGUGUGUGUGUGUGUGUGUGUGUGUGAGAGAGAGAGAGAGAGAGAGAGAGAGAGAGAUUUAAAAAGAGCCAGCAGGCUGAACUUCAAUGUGCUUUAAGAAUAAAGUGAUUUUGAAAAGUGAAAGAAAGAAAUGAGGAAAUGGGGUAGGGUUCCUAAUUAAGUAACUAUCCUUGCCUUUUUUUUACAAACUUGUAAUUCAGGUCUUGUUAUAUCUGCACAUGUUGCCAGGUGUUCAGGCAGUAUUAUUUGCCAGAAGUGCUUGUUCUCACUUGUGUUGAAACAAGUAUACUGGUACAUUUUGUUUCGCAUGUCGAUCCUUUCUGUGAAGAUCUAUUUCUGUUAUUGGUGUGCUAUUGAACUGUUGCAAUAGGCUUCAAGUUAACAUUACUUCCUACAGGAUGACCAUUUGACUGCAUCUUGAUGUUAUUAUGUAUAGCUGACAUGUCCUCUUCCCCCUGAAGUACUAUGCAAGCUAUAGCUUGAGGAACAAUCCACAAGAAGGGUUAAAAUGGUAAAUCAAGAGAAGGAGAGCACCCAAGGCAUGCAUUUUGCAAAUGUCGGAGCACCUAGUCGCUUACUUUUUAAAGACUGUGCAGAAAAAUAGCUUAUGAUUAUUAAGUUUAUGAUUAAAAAUAUAUAUAUUUGGUUAUAUCCUCCAUGUGCACACAUGCAGAAUGUUAUGUUUUUAUUUUCCUUUUUUUAAAAAAAGUUUAUGAUUAAAAUAAUAUAUAUUUGGUUAUAUCCUCCAUGUGCACACAUGCAGAAUGUUAUGUUUUUAUUUUCCUUUUUUUAAAAAAAUGGUUUUGACUGUCAAAAUCUUCAGCAAGAAGUAUGUAGCCCUGUUUUUUGUUUUUGUUUUACAAUAAACUGUGUUAGCACAAUGAUGUGUUUAUGUGCAUGCAAACACAUCCAUGCAAGGGCACCCAACUAGCACCCAACAGCAGCAAUUGUAACAGUGUUGCCUCUGUCCCUCUAGUUGUACAUACAGGCAUUACAUCAGCACACCUGUUCUGUAAGGGGAAGUUUUGCCAGCUGUCCUCUCAUCACUUAGAACAGGGGUCAGCAAUUUUUUUCAGCAGGGGGCCGGUCCACUGUCCCUCAGACCUUGUGGGGGUCCGGACCAUAUUUUGAAGGGGCGGAAAUGAACACGUUCCUAUGCCCCACAAAUAACCCAGAGAUGCAUUUUAAAUAAAAGGGCAUAUUCUAUUCAUGUAAAAACACGCUGAUUUUCGGACCGUCCACGGGCCAGAUUUAGAAGGCGAUUGGGCAGGAUCCGGCCCCCGGGCCUUAGUUUGCCUACCCAUGACUUAGAAUCUCUAAGUAUUAAUCUUACUGAGUCUGGCAGAAGGGGCAAGAGCAGCCUCAGCUGCUGAGAGACCUUCUGCUAUUGUAGAGCAGCUAGCAGGAAGAAAGUAAAUGAUAGCUCCAUUAGCUUCUUGAGCUGCCAUAAGUCUUUUUAGCAGCCAGAAGAUCCUACAUCUAUUUGUCACCUAUGUAACACAUACAUGACAAAUAUGAAAUGUUGGAUCAAAUAAUAGACUCUUCAUAAAUCAGAUUAUUAAUGUCUAGUGAAUCUACCAUCUCCUAUACUGAAGGGGUUAUCCAUAUUGUCAAAUUGCCCCUGCCUUCUUUCAGGCAUGUACUAUUUGGACAGGCCUUCACAAUAUGAAUUUAUCUUUUUAACCAACAAGUAUCUAUACAUUUCUCCCACAUUUUAAAUUGUUUAAUACAUAUUUAUGGGCUGAUUUUAUCAUAUCAGUUGUAAGCUGUCUUGAUGUACUUCAUGUGGACUAUAAAUUCCUGUAUGUAAUUAUGCAUGUGGGUACAUGAAUGCAUAGAAAGAGUUUUGUGAACAGAGCUUUUUUCCAGCUAUUAUUUAAAAGCAAAGUUGCUAUCAUAGAAAUGGCUGUCAGCACCUUACAUGCAUAGCCUGCUCAUGUAUCAUGUCGAAUAGUUGAGAUGUAUGGCCAGAAAAUGGUGAAGAGGUUAUUCCAGCAAAACAUAUAAAAAUCAAAUACUCCCCUCCUUUUUUUGGAAAAAAUAAGAAGUAUGUGCUAUAGAAUUGUCAGAAAAGAGAUAAAUGUUCAAAAUGCUUCUAUUGUAUAGAAAAGAUAUAUUUGGAGACAGUGUGAAUAGAGAACAAAUGUUAACUUUGAAUAGUAAAAUAAUGCAACAGCUCACAUGUGGCACUUCUUAAACUCUGACUCCUGGCUACUUAUCUGUUUAAGAGUGGCACUCAUCAUGUGCCCCUUUUCCAAUGGGUAAUGAUGUUAACAAAAUAAUAGUGCUUAAAUGCCAUAAACAUUGCUUCUGGACUUUUUAUGGUUGCCAUGACAGUGCAAUUGGAAUCCUAGUCCUUACCCCCAAUUUUCUUCCAAAAUGGGUUUUGAUGGAGUAUACUCUCCAUAGUACUCUGGCUACAGCCCAUAUAAAGCUGUUUCUGUAUAUUACUGGCAUAAAACUGUGGUCACGUACCUUGGCCUAGGAAGCAAGACAGGGUUGGAAAAACUUGUUUUCUACAUAGGGUUGGAUUAAGGGAGUGCCUGCCUGCAUACCUGCCUUCAAACUUCUGUCCCUUUAAGAGAAGCAAACUGCAUAUGUAUAAAUAUGCAUUAUUUAAAAUCCAAUGGAUAGUUUCCUAAUGGAUAAACAACUUUGGGGGCUGGCAAUGGAGUGGGGGAAAGAUGAAGGGAGUUUAACUCCUUCUAUCCCUACCCACUAUUAUCUUCCCAAGCAGCUUGUAUCUCACAUCACCACCUGUAUUUUGGACCAGCAGCAUUUUCUGGAUGGUCUUCAUGGGCAGCCCCAUGUUGACCACACCAUAGCAGCCUAAUCUGGAGCAUGAAAUGCUGGUCUGGUUUCUCCUCCCAUGUGUGCAGCUAGUGUAUAAGGCAAAACUGGUAAAAAGCGUUCCUUGGCAACUGUUGCAAUCUAGCCAUUUAGAACUUGGGCUGGAUCCAGAUUGCAAACAGGCUGUUGCAGGAAGUCCAACCCUGCCCAGAACAUGCUGUACACCUUAUUCCUGUCCAAAAGAGUCUCUCUCUUGUCUGGAUUUAGCUUCUUAGUAAGUGAAAUGAUAAAUACAUACAAGCCACCAUGUGCUAACACUCCACAUCUGCUAGCAAGUGACUCUCCCAAGGCAAAAUUACUUCAUGCAAGCCAGGGAAGUAAUUUCAACUACAAGAAUGUGGGAAUCAGAGGCCAUUAGCUUGGUCCCUUGUAGCAGAUAUUAGGCUUCUUUGAAGCUUUUGCAGAUGACCAAUCGCUUCGCAUUUCCCCUCUUUACAAUUUAUAUGACGGCUUAAUCAGGACGCAGAUUUUACUGUGGUGAUAUAACGGGCUAGAAGGAGGAAUGGGGGAAAUAUUAGAAGAAUCUGAGAUUGAGCUCAUCUGCAUAUGUGUGGUUCGUUCCAGAGCUAAUGUGGUUUAGUGGUUAGAGGUUUGAACAGGACUGAACAGGCCAAGCCACUUCUUAUCUCUCAGCCUAACUUACAUAGCAAGUUUGUUGUGAGGAUAAAACAGGGAAAUGUAUCGUGCAUGAUACCUUGUUUUCCUUGGAGGAAAGAUGUGAUAUAACCAUAAUAACACUUCUAUGUGGAUAUGAGGCCUUAAUGUUUUAUAAGACAUGUUUACAGGCUUCCAACCUCACUGGAAAUGUAAAUGCACAGUUUGAAUUUACUGAGAGGCAGGGGACUCAAGGACCCCACUUUAUUCUCUCCUCGGAUAGAUACUGCAGGGACUUGGUUCUUGAGUACUUAGAGAGGGAGAAGGAGAGAGAGAGAGAGAACCACCACCACCCUCCUUAGUAAUGUUUAUAUAUAUAUCAACCAAGUGAGGUCAUAUCUCUUUUUUUCCUUACAAAGGUAAAGCCUGGACACAUCCAUUUUUGCACACUGCUGCUGCUAGGUCACAGAAAGUAGCCAUGAAUGACGUUGCACAGAAGACAGAGGUAUGUAUGGUGGUAUGAAGGGGGAAGUACAAACAACAAACUCUGGCUUUAUUAUAGUAGCCUAAAUUAAAUAAUAUAAUAUAACCAAGAGUCUUAGAUCCUUGAUUCUCAUCAUGUGAAGUGGGCACAUGUAGGGUGAUGGGAUGGUUGUCAGAGAAUGCACACGUCUUAGGGCUCUGCAUAUUUUCACUCUGUCCAAAUAACUGUGUGAGUUCACAUUCACAAGGAAAAAAGGCAUGCACAGAUCGUCAUCUACUGCUACUGAAUGAAUGGGGAAGCCACAUUUGAUAGGAUUUCCAUUUGUCACACAAACUGUCCCUAAGAUGUACAUCUGACUUCUAGCCCAAGAAUCGUGUGUGUGUUGUGUGUGUAAUCCUAAAGCAAAAAUUGUAGAGUAUUUCAGUUUAAAACAGUACACUUGUCAAACUAUGAAGUUGUUCUGUGGCAUUAAAAUAAAUGGAAAAAUAAAGAGAGGGAAAAUCUACACUAUCCAGGCAAAAAGUCUGGUUCAAUUAGCAAUUGUGUUGUUUUUUAAAUAACAAGUUUUUCUAGACAUGACUGUGAUCCAUCUGUUACUGGAAGCUUUAAGUUUAGGUUUAAUACAAAAGCAACUUCACGAGAGCUUCCUAUACCUGUGCAAAAGAAAGAGUCUGUUUUUCUCUUUAAAAACAAACAUUGUAAAUGCAGCUCAGGUUCCAAUUUAUUGCCUGUCUCUUCAAAAGUCUCACAUUCUGUCUAAUAUUCCAUGCAAUUUCUCUUCAUCUGCUUCUACCAUCUUUCUCUUGUCUUUGCCUUCUCCCUAUCUUCACAAAGAUUCUGCUUUCUUCGUCUAAACCUGUCCCAAAGUCCUAUGUGCCCAAACUUCGAAAGGGUGAUGUAAAGGAUAAAUUUGAAGCCAUGCAGAAAGCAAGGGAAGAAAGAAAUCAAAGGCGAUCUAGAGAUGAGAAGCAAAGAAGAAAAGAACAGUAUGUUAGAGAAAGAGAAUGGAACAGGCGGAAGCAGGAGGUCAAUUCCUUUGCAAAAAUUCAUUUCUGUUACUUUUAUUUCCUUUCAAGCUUUUAAAAAUAACUUGACAACUUCUACAAUGCAGUACAAAUAAAUAUACUUUGAUCCAGCUAUAUAAACUGUUUUAUAACCUUGCAUAAACUCUCUAGAUUUAUUUACGUUUUAAAUCCUUCAGAAAAACAAGUGAAAAUUGAUGUUUCUCAUUCAUUAUUUCAGAUGAUAGAACUACUUGCUUCUGAUGAUGAGGAAGAAAAGUCUAAAGUUGAGAAAGCUUAUGUUCCAAAACUAACAGGUAAGAAUUAAGAGUUAAAGUCUAUUUUGCAAGAGAUUGGACCUCCGUCACCUAUCCUUUGAUUACAGCUCAUGUUGAUUACUGCAACGCUCUGUGGGGCUGCCAAAUUUUAAGAAGUUCGGCAACUGUGGUUAGUACAGAAUGCUGUGGCUUGCCUCCUGACAGGGAUAGGAGGGCACAAAGAAUGUAUCUGACCAACUGCAUUGGCUGUCUUCAUGCUUCCUUCCAGGACCAAUAAAAAAAUGCUGGCGAUCAUCUCUAAAGCUUUCUAUGGUCUACAGCCUUGAGGAACUCCAUUAAGCCCCCAGUCAACACAUUCCUGCCUCCUUCCUUAAAAGGUGUUUUGCUCUGCAUUCUAUCUCUUAGAUAAAUCUACAAAAGCAAGGCGCACUGUGGUGCUGCCUAUGCUCUAAAGCAGCGAUGGAUUAACCUUUUUCCUAUGAAGGGCAAUUGACCCAUGGUGGAAGUCAUUCAGGAGCCAUACAGCACCACAUGGCUGUAUAAUACGCUUUCUGUGUGCCAUCCCAUUUCUCAACCACAUGAAAAUUAGGCCAAGGGCAGUAGCAUGUCCCCCACAAGCCGCAAGUUCCCUAUCCAAGCUCUAGACUAUGCUUCUGUUCAACUUGCUACCUCCUCCUUCGCAUUUCUAAACAAAUAUAUUUAUACUAAUGAAAACUAGUGUUUUACAAAUGAUGGAUAGUCAAGUGAUAAACUGAGCUGUUCAUUUUUCCCUUUUGUUUUUCAUAGGGACUGUCAAAGGGAAGUUUGCAGAAAUGGAAAAGCAGAGGCAGGAGGAAGAAAGGAAAAGAAUGGAAGAGGAGAGGAAGCGGAGGAUUGAACAAGACAUGAUAGAGAAAAGGAAAAUUCAGAGAGAACUAGCAAAGAAAGCACAAGAGGUAGGCUUAUAGUAAUUUACAAUAUCCCAUUCACAUGUUAAAAUAAAAAACCCUAGCCAUUUAAAUUAUAAACAGUAGUCUUCCACUUCUUACUUCCAAGACAAACAGUGCAUUUGAAGCAUCAGGUGGUAUAUGGAGCUUUUCCUACCACAUCAGUAUUUUAUUUACUAUAACUAUGUAUUCUUCCAUUCAAUUACAUUGGGCAUUUGAAACAUUUUGUUUGUUUCCCUAUAUAGUCACAGAGUGUCAUAUUCAGCAAUGAAGGAGAUACAAUGUUCUCAUGUUUUAAAUUGCUGAAAAUACAAUUUGACCGCAGCAGCAAAUGUUUAUUUGCAAAAUGGAAGAGUUGCAUUUGAAUGUCAAGAGACUAACUGAACCUGGCUUGGCUGCACUUGGUCCUCUCUGCAGAAAAUGGGUAAAACCAGGACAAGUUAUAAAGUCUCUUACCUACUGUACUGACACUGAAUAUCAAUUCUGUAGCCAUUUGUGAAUGCAACAUAGCCACAUUCUUCCUUGGGGAGUGUCAUAUUUGGUGUGUUGCCUGCAUUCUUGGCAUUCAGUAUUAAAGCGCCAUUUUCUUUAUGAGAAUUGGGUGCUAGGAUCAGGUGUCUCAUGCUUUAAUUUCCAAAUGUGUGUAUAUGUAUGAAUGACGGGUUGCUGUCAAUAGAAAGAUGUCCUGUGCUAUGCCGGUACAACCACACUAAUCAAGUCAAUUUGCCAGUAAUGCUCAUAUACCUUUCAGGCUUAUAAGAUGCAACAUGUCGCAAGAUGUUGAAAUAUAUGAUUUCUGAUAUUUGAAGAAUGAGAGAAAUAGAGAAAAGGUUAUGUAAGGCAGUUUUUUACUGGUUUGAAUAAGCUAAGAAAUAAAAUGCUCUUCUAUUUGCAUACGGAGGGAGAACAGUAUGGUAUGUUAUAAGGUGAAUUGCACUUGGAGUUUCUGUAAAGGAUCUGUAUGACUUAUUAAAGUGUUUUUGUAUUUUGAAAUUGAUAAUCGAUCAGUUCAAAAGCAGUUCUGAGGCCGGUAUUUUGUAUGAAAAAUGAUUUGCUUGUUUCAUGGGAUGAAAUGUACAGAAGCAAUUAAGAUGCUUGUGAUCUAACACUAAUUUUGGGACACGGCUGUUGUCCAGAUCUUGUACUACAAGCCACUGCUCACAACUAGAAAGUAAAUACCAUUAGAAGUCCCAGUGUUCCUCAAAGCCACCCUUUACAGUAUUGAGGAAGGUUGGGGAUUUUUUGCCCCAUGGGCCCAAAUAGCUGCUUGGGUUAACUUGUCUACUGUGCUACUGAAAGCUUCUUGCAAACAGGAUAAUUUGUGCAGCCAUGCUUUCUUUAAAGCAUUCCUUUGCAGCUUAACUCCUAAUAGCUGCUUUAAACAUUAUGGUUAGAAGCCACCAGAAAGCCCAUGCAGUGUUCCCUUCUGAUUGCAUGCUUCACCUUUAUACUUCUGUGGAGCUGGCAGUUCCAGAAGUACAGAUACUACAUAUGAGCUUUACAUGCUGCAGAGCCGUAGCUGCAGGGGGGUGGCUAGCUAGGCUUUUUGCCCCAGGUGAAGCCUCCAUUGGGGUGCCAUUGAGGUUACCUGCCUGUGUGUGUGUAUGCAAAUACACAUGAGGAGUGCCAAACUGGGUCUUUGACCUGGGUAAAAUAAAACCUAGUUUCGCCUCUGCAUGCUGUGCGUUCUGUUGGAUGUUGACAUGGGGUUUUGGGUGACCUCCACACAGACACUGUAGCAUUUAAAUUUACCCAUAACUUUUGAUCACCAGAAAGGUGCCCUUUUAGAGUUCUUUCUCUUGUUUUACAAUGCAACAAACAUUCAUUGUUGCUGUAGACAGUAACUAAGCCACCCUCAGCCUGCCAGAAAUUCCGGUAUUCUCAGUAUCAUAAUGAAAGGUGAAGCACAAGUAAUAAAGGUCUAACUGAACAGUUAGCCUUACGGACUGUGGCAAUAGUGGUUGCCAAAUAUUUAAUUGAAUCAGAGAAUGCAUGUGUACUGUGGGAACUAAUAUGUAAAGGAUGGUUUUACACAUUAGGUAUUCACACUAGAUGUUAUAGGCACCCUUAAGUAACAAUGUACUCCACACCCUGUCAAAUGAAUACAGUGGGUGAAAUUCAGGAAAGCUACCAUGCACUGCUCUGGUUUCGCCAGAAGCAGCUUAGUCAUGCUGGCCACAUGACCCGGAAAAACUGUCUGCAGACAAACAUCAGCUCCCUCAGCCAGUAAAGCGAGAUGAGCGCCGCAACCCAAGUCAUUCGUGACUGGACUUAACUGUCAGGGGUCCUUUACCUUUAAUUGUUAUUGUUGUAAUUAUAUUUAUAUUUAUAUCCUGCCUUUCCCCCCAGUCCUAACCCAAUCUCAUUCCCGGACAUUAACCAGGAAGCAAGAGCUUGAUCCACUCUGAUCACAUUUGAGUAUUUUUAAAGGGAUAUAUGCAAAAUUUUACAUGUGGCUCAUAGCUGAAGGACCUACGUAUCCAUAAAUGAGCACAAAAUAGAGUUGUGUGAAGGAAUCGCCACAUAGAUUAAGGCCUUGGCCAGACAUUGUUCUCCAGGGGGAAAUCUCAACCCAGUAAGCAUGUUAGGCUGUGGAGAAAGAUACAAAUUAAGUGUGCUGUUCUGUGCAUAGGUGAAUGCAGGAUAUCCCUGCAGCAGUAGCAAGGAUUUUAAAGGCUUUCCAGAUCACAGGGACAGGGAGACUGUGCUUUUCCAGUGAAUGUGCUUCAGCUCAGUUCACUUGUUACCAACCCUUCACCAGCCAUCUACUGCAGGUCUCCUGGGGCCUGCUGGUUUUGCUGCUUGUCCAGCACAUCACAGGCCAUGGUACAAAAUUAGUGGGUUGUGUUCAGCGUGGGAGCUUUCUAGCUGCUGAACAUGGUGUACGAUGGAGGAGGGCAUGCUAAAGUCUGAACCUCUUGCGCAGUUGAGGUAAAUACAUCUGGAGAGCAAUGUCUGACCAGCGGCAGCUUAGAUUAGAUGUACACACUGGAAGUGCACCUUUUAAUGCCACAUUUCGAUUUGUCAUUCGGCACAAUAUUUUCAUUUUUAAAAAUGUGUUUGCAAGGGGGAGCCAAAGAGUCAAAGUAACAUUAUUGUGUGAAAUUCUUAUUUAAUAGAUUGAUGAGCAGUUAAACAAUUCGGGAAGCGAAUCGGCAUCGGAGGUAAUCAGACUUCUUUACCAUGAAACAUUCACCUAUUUGUGACUCACUGUUUAUUACAUAUCUAGUAAUGGCCGGGUUAAACAAAAACACUUGGGAAAGACACGAAAGCACACUUUGCUAGCAGAGACAGUAUACUAUCAGACUGAUCAGUGCUUUCGGCACUCGCCAUGAGGUAAAUGUGACCAGAAUUACAAUGACUUUUGCUUCUUUACACUGUGACUUUUCUUGGCUCUUUGCCAUUUGCCAGUAACCGUUGAUGACAUGGACGCCUGCACAUUAUUUUACAAUGCUGUUUCUUAAUGUUUACUUAAUCUGCUUCUGGCCAGGGCUGAAGGGAAUGGUAGCGUAAUACAAUUGGAAGGCACCAUGUUGCUUAGCUCUAUUCUUACAGUAAUGUGAAGUGCAUUCUGAAAUGAGGUCAGUAGCCCCAAGGUAAAUGUUGUGGUCUCAUAAACCCUAAGGCGGCUACUAUAUUUACUCCUUGAAUUGAUGUAAUGCCAUUACAGACACAUUGUAUGUGGCCUGUGGGCUAUCUGCAGACAGCGCUAUCUUGAUUCCACUAUGGCAGUUGCAAUACAUCUACAUACAGUAAUUAACAGAAUUAGGAUUGCAUCUACCCAUUAUGGUUUGAGACAACUUUUUUUCCAAAAGUUGUGGAACAAGUUAAUAGCCAAAUGAUUAACUAGACACAAGAGUGUCUUAAUUAAAGCCAGCUUAGGCUUUCAGAGCUGUUCACUUUCUAAGAUUGUCUUUAUGAAGUCCUUUGAAUUUUUUAUGUUAUUUGCCUUGGCAGUAUCUUUUAAAAUUUAAGAUUCCUCAAGAAACUGGCUACAUUUUAAAUGACUAAGAUUAAGGUAGUCCCAGAUGGGAAAGGACUCUUGCUUGAAGCUAAGCCAAUCUGCUUCUGGUCAGUACUUGAGUGUGGGAUUGCUUGAGCAUCCUAGUCUUAAAUCCUAUAAUGGGAGAAAACAUAAAAAUCGAGUGAAUAAAAAUGACAUUGCUGUGGUUUCUGAACUCCCCACACCCCAUGGACCACUUGAAAAUUGCUGACGGCAGGCCACUUAAUGGUUUUCCUGCCUGUUGUAGCAAUUUUAACAGCUGUGGUAGAUGCUGUGUGAUUUUUCAUUGUAUUUUAAUUGCUAUUUGUUGUGUUGUAUUUUAACGCUGCAAUCUGAAUUUUAUAGAUGGUAGUAGAAUAAAAUACAAGAAACAAAAGAAGCAAUGAAAAGCAAUAUGAGUAUUUAAUAUCGACAUGCCUUGGACCACCUCAACAGAAGUUCAUGGGCCAUUGAAAGUCUAUGAAUCAUAGUUUGGGUACUCCUGUUCUAAUGUAUUUACCAGAAAUUAGGCUAACCAAACGUUUUCAGAUAUCCUACCAUGAUUUCAUGGAGUGUAACUCCCAUCUACUGACAGUCAUCAAAAUAGCUGCUCCUGCAUGAAAGUGUAUUCUUUUGCAUAGUGGAUGAGGAGGAGCAUAGAAUCUGACACGAGGAUUACUACACUGCUGCAUGGUCCCACAAUUUUACCAUGCCCUUUGUGUGGUACCACCAGUUCUUAACACCAUGGUGUUUUUCUGUAUUGUUUUGUUUUUUGGCGUGGAAAGUAGGUUUGAGGACAGAAGAGGGUGCCAUCCCAGGGCUGUGUGUAUGUGUGCGUGUGAUCUUCUUUUCUUAGCAAGUGUUGUAAUCGGAAUUUUAAUACUGAUGUGUGGUAGAUCUGUGCCUGUAUUAGUAGCACUGCACUUCCCACAUACUCAUUUAUAUCACAUUCAUCGAAGUGGCACAAAUAGGAGUGCCCUGCCCGCUAGAUAUGGUCCAGAUAAACAUGGACCUUCUAUAGUUUUAUUUGAGCAUAUGCCCCAGGCAUUUAAUAACCAUAUCUGCUCUACUUAUUCAAGAGCAUCCUUUUACACUUCACAACAUCUACCUAGAUCAAAUUAGAAAAGGGUAUUUACUACAUUUGGAGCUAAUCUCCUGUACCCCCUACCCAUCUUUUAAUGCUUGAAAAGUACAAGCAAAGCUCAGUUUAAUAGAUGUAGUUGUCUUGAGAUAACUCUUAUCAACUUAAGGACCUGGUAAAGAAGCAUAUCAGUGUCAAAUUAGGUGCUCAGCUUCUAUCCGGACUGGGUUUUUACCUGAAUCAUCUGAAUUUUUGAGAAAAAGAUAAAUGGAGUUACAAUACGUUGGAGUCUCUCAUUUGUCAUGGACUUACUCGCUGGUUUAGGCAAGUCACUCUUAGCUUCUCCAUGAGCAAUAUAGGAAUAAUACUGACCUACCUUACAGGGUUGUUGUAAGGAAUACAAACAGCUUCAUAGAUAUAUAUUAUUCUGCUGAAUGUUCAGAAGUGCUAAACUGAUGGCACGAUUCAAGUAUUCACAAAUGAUUGACAGCAGCUGUGCCCAGAGCUGGAGCAGCAUCUCCUCCUGAUGCCAUUUUGCUACCCUAAAGACAGUCAGCAGUGGCCACAGAUUUUGUCCAGACAUCCUCCAAGAAAUUGAACAUUUUGGUAGAAGCGUAAUUCUUCACAGGCAGUAGUAGUUGCACAGUCCAAAUGUUCAUGGUGACAUUUGUUUUUAACAACAGGAAGGUGAUGAUUCAUUGCUAGUGACAGUAGUUCCCGUAAAACCUAGCAAAACACCUGGGAAGAUGAAAAUAAGUUUUGAGGACCUAGAGAGAGAGAGAGAAGAACAAGAAAGGCGAAAGCUUGAAGAAGAAAAGCGAUUGAGAUAUGAGCAGGAAAAGCAAGCUCUCAGGGAAGUCAAAUAUUUCUCACCAGAUGUGGUAAGCAAGAUUGCGGGGGGAACCCCUUGCAUGUUGACCCUAAGCAUGCUUCAUUGGAAAAAGGCUCCCGUUAUUACAGCAAAACUUGCUUCCAACUAAGUGGAUUCAGGAGUGCAGGGAAAUCUGGGAUUUUAAGACUGCAUGCAUUAAGUAUCAUGAGGAUUUAAGUCGGAAUAACAAACUUUUGUAUAUAGGAUGAAGAUGAAAUGCUUGACAGCGAAAGAAAAGAAUCACCCAGCCCUGGCAAAGUGAAACUAACAUUUGAAGAAUUGGAAAGACAGAGACAAGAAAAUCAGAAAAGGCAAGCAGAAGAAGAGGCGAGGCAACGUCUGGAAGAGGAAAAACGUGCAUUUGAGGAGGCAAGGCAGCAAAUGGUAAGCAUAUGGAGCAAAAUAUGGUCUUAGUGGAGGAUGGAUGGACUUGGAGACAUGUAUGCCUGACCAUAUGAAAAUUCAAAGCAGGGGGACACAAAUGCAACCCUACCUCAAUGUUCUCUCACACAUCAUGUCCUGCAUGAAUCCUUAUGUUCUGCAGGGGGCUUCCACUUGCAUUUGCUUGAAUAUUACUUGAAUUACUGUGCUAUUUAAUUAUAUCUAUUUUAGCUUCCAUGCAUGACCUUUGGUAUAUUUUAGUGGGAAGUGGGUGGGAAUCUAUAUACAUUAUUUUAAUACUAAAACUUUUUCUCUGUUAUUUUUAAAAGUUCAAUACCUCCCAAAUUAGCUGCACCUUUCAUCAUCAUCAUCAUCAUUAUUUAAAUGGUUUUUCUCUCUCUCCCAAAAGCUAAAUGAAGAUUAUGAUGAUCAGGAAAAUGAAAAUUCCGUCAAGGAGUUCCGUCCUGGGAAACUGAUACUUACCUUUGAAGAAAUAGAAAGGCAGAGGCAAGAAGAAGAAAAAAAGAGAACAGAAGAGGAAGCCAGACGGCGCAUAGAAGAAGAGAAAAAGGCAUUUGCUGAAGCAAGAAAAAGCAUGGUAGGUCAUUUAUUUAUUCAUAAAAAUACUUGUAUACCACUAUUUCACACAAAAAUACUGAGUUGUUUGCCAGUUACAACUAUACAAUAAAAACUAUGUAAGACUUUUAAACCACAGAGCAUCAACAAACUAUCCCCGAAGUAUUCCUAGUUGCUUGGAUAAACUUGGCAGCAUAGAAACAUUUUUAGCAAACACUUUAAGGUCAAGGGGAGGUGCCCACUAAAUCUCUCUUGGAAGAGCAUCACAUAGGACUGGACUGAUGACACUAUAUGCGCCAUUUCAUGUCAAUGUCAAAUGAGCCUCAGCAACUUGCAUGAUGACCAGCACAUCUUAGUCACUUUGGUGGCAUCUCUCUCUCUCCAUACACACAAGAGGAGGAAUCCAACAGCUUAGUGGGUCACAGAUAGUUCAAGACAAACUGUAGCAGGAAAACCAACUAGUCCAUAGGCUUCAACCACCUUUCUCUUCCAUGGACUUAGAUCCAGCAGUCUCCACGACAGGCGUUUCCCACCAAAUUUCCCUUGCAGCGCCCAUGUCUUCCUCUUUCUGUUGCAAGAGCUCCCCCACCAUAUUUGCAGAGAGGCACCCAAGGAUCCAAGUGUAAAUCACCUCCCUCUCAUCUCCUAUGGGUGCAAGUUAUGCCUAUGGGAUUAUACAGUGGUACCUCGGGUUAAGAACUUUAUUCGUUCUGGAGGUCUGUUCUUAACCCGAAGCACCACUUUAGCUAAUGGGGCCUCCUGCUGUCGCUGUGCCGCCGCCGCACGAUUUCUGUUCUCAUCCUGAAGCAAAGUUCUUAACCCAAGGUACUAUUUCUAGGUUAGCGGAAUCUGUAACCUGAAGCGUAUGUAACCUGAAGCGUAUGUAACCCGGGGUACCACUGUAAUCUGCAGAAGAUCGGAAACACACUGUUCUGUUUCAAUUUACUGAAAUUAGCACAUGUGAAUACAAAGCAUGUCCUUCAAGAACUUGUUUCCAUUAAAUAUGCAACUGGUCCCUGUCCCAUAACUCUGUUUCAUGUGAGCUUGGCAAAGGAAAAGGCUAGCAGUUUAAGAAGUUAGGAUAAAAACUGUAAUCCUCUAAUUUAGCACAGAGAAAGAGCACUUCCCAUUAUGGUCUUGGAGCUACUAAUAAGUAAAUAGGGAUUGCAACCAUUGUGCAGAGGGUAAGGAUUGCAUCUGGUGAGGAAAUGGAGCAUGUGGUGUUUUGUUUUAAAUGUGGGAACAUCACGGAGCAUUUGGUUUCAAUUUCCUAUUUGGAAGAACUGAUUAGUGCCCAGAUCCUGUGUCAGUGUUCUGCUGGCAGUGUUUGUAGGGUUGGUUUUAUUUAGUAUUUCAUUUUUCACAAUCCUUUAAUACAUUAAUGUGCUUUGGUACAUUAACAUCUUACCUUUCCCCGUCAAGCUGUAACUUCCAUAUACAUAACUGCCCUGUCGACUGAAGGUAUAGGUCUAUGUGUGUGUGUGUGUGUGUGUGUGUGUGAGAGAGAGAGAGAGAGAGAGAGAGAGAAAGAUUAUCAGUGUUCAUUAUGAGGAAGUUGAUCGCCUUAAUUUCAAUGGAGAUUUUAUCCAAGAAAGAAGCGAUGUUUUAUAUCAAACCCUUAGUGUAGUUACAAAUAAGCAAACACAUCCCAACUAUCAUUAAGCAUAGCUGCACCUUAGACCAAAAAAAACACCUGUACAUAUAAAUUUUAUAGGUUUGGAGCAAGAGAAAAGCCUGCAAAGAAUGCCUAGCUGAAGCUGAUUUUCUUAGUUCUUUCUUCCAAUAAGGCCCUGCCAUCACCCCUGAAAAGCUUUUCCAAAGGCUUUUGCUGAAUUGAGAAGGGAGGAUAACAUGGGUGUAGCCAGGAUUUUUGUUGGGGGGGGGGCAGGAUUUUUGUUAGGGGGAGAACCGACAUGACUGGUCAGUUAGUUAAGUAUUUCUAUUGUUUUACUUGAUCUGGGGGAGCAACUGCCCCCCCGGCUACGCCCAUGGGGGUAAAGGAGAAGGGAUACUCAAAAAUCAUAUAGAAGCACUUUAUGUGAGUGCCAGAGGUUUGUUGGGGGCUCUUGAGGAGCCAAAUAAAGUGAACCUCUUUCAGGGUUUCUCUAGAUCCAAGUCACUUCGUGGAUCUGAAUUAUAAUAUAAUGGGAUGCUCAACACAAAUGUAAUUUUUCAUCAGUGCAAUGAUAAAACUAUUUCAAACAGAGUCCAGAUGAUGAGCUUUCGCCAAUGUCUAAAACUGUAUCCCAAGAAUCUCUCACACCUGGAAAACUGGAAAUUAACUUUGAGGAGCUACUGAGACAAAAAAUGGAAGAAGAAAAGAGGCGUACAGAAGAAGAGCGCCGACAAAAACUGGAAAUGGAAAAGCAGGAAUUUGAGCAGCUCAGACAAGAAAUGGGAGAGGUCUGUCAAUUCUUAACAUGAAUUGCUGUGAUAAGCGCAUGCAGAAUUUUCUGCUUCUUGAAUUAAUACGAGGGGCGAGAAAAGCAUGCAGUUUAAAAGCUUGUUGUGAAAAUUAUAGUUAGUAGCUAACUGGACUUCAAAAUAAACAGCAGGCAGGGUGUUGCGGACCCAGGCAAUUCAAUGCCGCUGCUCAAAGCAAUGUAAAUUACAUAAUUAACAGUGCGUUAUUUAAGCACUGCACAUUUAGGGGUUUUUUGGUAUUAUUUGAUUGUCAAUAACCUUGUGGCAUAUUUCCCUUUAAAUAGGAAGAGGAGGAAUGUGAAACCUUUGAGCUAAGCAGGGAAUAUGAGGAGCUAAUAAGGUUAAAAAGAAGUGGUUCUAUUCAAGCAAAGAGCUUGAAGAAAAAGUUUGAGAAAAUUGGGCAGCUCUCCGAAGAAGAAAUACAGAAAAAAAUUGAAGAAGAAAGAGCAAGGAGAAGAGCUAUGGAUCAGGAAAUAAAAGAAAGGGAAGCAGAGAAAUUUCAAGAGGUAGGUCCCAUUUUCAAUUUUCAAUAGCCUUGCGCUAGCUUCUGCUAGGGCUUGUGUGGCAACCACAAGACUUGAAGCCUUGCUGAUAGCACUGUUUGUGUAAACCUGUCUCCACAUGGUUACUACUUUGCAUAACUGGAUCCUAUGGGACGGUGGGAAUGUUUCAAUCUAGCAACUGCAGGUAGGAAAGGUCACAUAUGGAUACAAAAUUUAUAAGUUGCUGCAUUGUGUGAUCCACCCACGGGAAACUUGCAACCAUAAUACACACAAGUACUGUUAUCAACCAAAGGAGCAGUAUUCUGAAUCUGCCUCGUGAUAACGUCUGAGCACCACUGGCUUUGCUGAACAGGUGUCUUGGGGUUUUUUUAAACCAGUUUGAAAAAAUGCAAAAGUGCUUUUUCAAAAAAAAAUAUUCGCAUAGUGUGCACAGGACAAUAUAUAUAAUAAUUAUCAACAAUACACAGAUAAAAAUCAGAAAAAUUUAAAAGCAAAUGCUUAUCUGGAUAGGCUUGUUGGAAGUAAAAAUGUUUUUGCAGGCAUCUAAAUGGGGGAUUCACAUCCACUUCCUGGGCUACUAGCUGAUACCUAUAACUAGUUGUGCAAAACUACAGCUUGAUUAAAUCUGUAGUAUGUCAAUUUCGCAGUGUCUGUCUAGCUAAAUAGAAACUAUGAAGAUCCCCUUCGGGCAUUACUCUGCCAUGCCAGCAGACCAGGCAUAGGCAAACUCAGCUCUCCAGAUAUUUUGGGACUACAACUCCCAUCAUCCCUGACCAUUGGUCGUUAGCUAGGGAUGAUGGGAGUUGUAGUCCCAAAACAUCUGAAGGGCUGAGUUUGCCUAUGCCUGCAGCAGUUAUUUAACCAGUUUUUCCAGAGAUCUACUCAAUUUGAGAGGACUAAGAGUUCUCUGUGGUCAGAACCACCACAUUCUGUCUAAUGUCUUCUUUCCCUGCCUUUUGAAAUGGAUUUGGGCAAAAAGAUCUAACUCCAGGAACUUAUUAAAUAUGAUGCUUAUCUUCAGCAUGCCACGUCUAGUCUGAGUCCUACCAUAUGUCACAGUGCUAAUGCUGUAUGUCUGAUUGCUACUGUAUAGUGACAAUGAUGAAAUCUUACCUUUUUUGCCCUGCGUCUUGUUUGGAUCAUGGACUGUGCUCCUAUUUUACCUCUAGAGAGGUAGAUGAAAAUUCCUUUCCAGAUUUCAUAUGUAUUAUUUAUCUUCACAAAAUGUAAAAAUCAAGUAGGUUUAAAGGCAGUAGUAUUUAUGAUCCAAGUUUCCUGCAAAUCAUGUAGCAAACACCACCCUCUCAGGAUUAUAAAGCUUAGAAUUAUGUUUAAUUGUGACAGUGCACUGUAAUUUCUUCUCCUUGAAGCAUUAAAUUAUGGCGAUACUACAGGAUAUGCUUUAUGUCACUAGAAGAAACUUGUUUUGUUUUGCCUACAGCUUGACAUCCUGUGGUAACAGACUAUAUUGAAUUUAUGGAGUAGUGAGCUUUCUGCCUGUUUUCCAUAUCCAGUAAUAACAGCUCCCCCACCCCCUUUUUCCAAAAACUUGGUGCCAUCUCAUAAUGUUUUUAUUAUUCCAGGAAGAUGAAGUAGAUGUAAAGCCAGCCACAAAAUCUGAAGCUCCAUUUACACACAAGAUAGACAUGAAGGCCCGAUUUGAACAAAUGGCAAAGGCAAGAGAAGAGGAGGAGCAGAGAAGAAUUGAAGAACAAAAAAUGCUACGCAUGCAAUUUGAACAGAAGGAAAUUGAUGCUGCAUUGCAAAAGGUGAUGCAGGUGGUUUUCGCAUGCCCAAACUAGUUUGAGCCAUUAGCAAAGUGUCAAGUGAGAUCAGGGAUUUGCUCCGUGGAGUCAGGAACCCCCAAAAGUGACUGGGUUUAGUUGGGGCGGGGAAGGGGAAGUAAAACAAAGCUAAGGAAAUGCCCUAAUCUUGAAGGGGUGGGAAAGUGGGGCUCCACCCCCACCCGGGUGCAAUAGAGAAACUCCCAGGGAGAAACUGCAUCCUUUCUCUUUUUUUAGGGUAAGAGAAUCCUUGCUGUGUGACGUUUCCCCUACCCCAGUCCUCCUUUGGGGCUCAUUCUCCUUUUCCCACAACCUUAAAAUUCAUGUUAGCCACCCAAAGUAAUUAACUCUUCCCUUGCAGCAGAACCCCUGCAGCCAUAACUCCAACAUUGGGGAGGCCUCAUCCCCUCAAAACAGGAGACCAUGCCUGCAAAUGCGCCCACGUCUGACAGGAAAUAAUAUACUUUUAAGGUGCUCUGCAUGAAAAGCCUUGGGUGCAAUUUGGCAGCGUUCAUAAAUUAUGGAGGGGCUCCUAUGCCUGCAAAUUUUAUCUGCCGCUGUGAAAACGGGAAACGUAGCGUAUUCUCCUUUACAUUGAAUAGAAGGAAAGCAGAGGUUUUGUUUUUAAGAGGAAAAAAAAAUUGCUUCCCAAUACGUCAAUUAGAGUGCUUUGAUAAGGCUGCAUCGUUACUACAUCCACAAGUUUAAUCUUGGAGUCAAUGCACAUCCCUAAAAAGUUGAGCUCUUAAAGACUGAAAGCCUAUCCACGUGCUGGUUUGUUUGAGUAAGAGAUGAUCUAUUAUCUAGCAGAAGCUCUAGGUACAUGCAGUGGAACCAAGGCUUUUUUUUGGGGGGGGGGCAAGCAGGCAAGGAUUACUAUUGCAUUGUUCUACAAGCCCUAGAAAACACAAAACAUUAAAGGCUAAAAAGACAAUCUCCUGGUUAUCCCACUGACUUGUUUUUGAGACUUAGGCCUGCUUCCCUUUGCAGAACUCCAUCCUUGCAUUCAGUUGUCACACUAGUAUGGUUAGACUAGUGUGAUGAUAGAUGUUGAGAAUAGCUGUACCUAUAAUAAAAAAAUAAUAGAAGGGACCCAGAGGAUAUUGUCCAAACCUCUGCAAUGGAGGAAUACGCAGGGAUCAAACCUGCAAUCUUUGGAGUUAUCAGCGCCACACACUAACCAACUGAGCUAUCCAAGCUGACCAUACUGGUACUGUUCAAAGUGAUGUAUAAUGUGUUUCAGCAUUUGUUGUUGCAAUUUAUAUUUCAAAAUGCAGAAAAAGGAAGAGGAGGAGGAAGAGGAUGGCAGCAUUGUUAACGGCUCAGUCUAUGAGGAUGAAGAACAGCAAGCACGGUCUGGUGCUCCAUGGUUCAAAAAGCCUCUUAAAAAUGUGUCUGUUGUGGAUAGCGAACCAGUAAGGUUUACUGUUAAAAUAACUGGAGAACCCAAGCCAGAGGUUACAUGGUGGUUUGAAGGCGAAAUGUUGCAGGACUGCGAGGACUAUCAAUAUAUUGAGAGAGGAGAAACCUACUGCCUUUACUUACCAGAAACUUUCCCGGAAGAUGAAGGAGAAUAUAUGUGUAAAGCAGUAAACAGCAGAGGAACAGCAGCUAGCACCUGUAUUCUCACUAUUGAGAGUAAGAGUUAGCGUUUUUUUAAAGUUAUUAGAUCUUUAGUUCUUGUUCAUGUCUGUUGAUCUUUUCUUAACUUUCUUUUCUUUUCUCUUCUCUAGCUGAUGACUAUUAAUAUCCUACUUUUUCUGGAGCCUUCCUUCCCUAAAUUUACUACAUCCAUCUUUCUUUCUCUCUCCUGUGGUGGGGCCAACAAGAAGUUGUCUAUCAUUCCUCAAAUAAGAUACCCAAUUGCCAGAUUUUUCUCUUGGUUUCAGACUGAAGUUUGGCAACAGAAGUUUGGUUCACUUGACAAACAAUGGCUCAAUUUCCACUUGUAAACAGCACUGUGGCUGCUUGUUAAUGCCACUGAAUUGCUUCUGUGACAAGGAGAUUCUUAUCAGGAAAGCCAAGCUGUUCAUAUGAAACAGCUUGUCAUAUGAUCCCAUCAAGUCUUCACCAUGUUAAUCAAAAUGCACGAUUGUCUUGAAUGUGAUCGGCUACUUCAUGUAAGGUUACCCUAAGUAGCAGACUACUUAAUGUUAGUUUUCAUAUAGAAAAUUCAGCCAAAACCAUAUACAAACACAGUAUUAAAUUAAAACCAAAGACCACUUAAUUCGUACUACAUAAAAAAUGAUCUUUAUUUCUUUGGUCCUGGAAGCUUUGAGAGCAAAAAGUAUAUUUUUUUGGUUAAACUAUUAAGUAGCCAAAAAUAAUGUAGUGGUUUAUUUAAGUUAUGCCUUUGUUUAAUGCAACUUUUCCUUUAAUAUGCUUUAAUAAAAUUAAACCAAGAUUAUAUUGGCUUGAAAGCAGGAUUAUGUAACUAAAUGUGUACACACAGUUGUAUGUCAUGUUCUUUGAAAUAAAACAUUUGCAUUUGUUUUGUAUUAGAUGGUAGGCAUUGUCCAGCAUCUUGCUUGGAAUAUUGAACCAAAUUUGUAUCUUUCAGGUCGGAAGUGUUAGAAUCAUAGUGAAUGAUGUUUCAACUUACAUCUUGUAUUGUAUAAUUAUUUACUGAAUCAUCUCACUCAGUAUUUACCAGACACAAUACAGAAAUAUGUAUGUAUAACAAGAUAUUACAGCCAUGCUUUUUGCUACAUGAGAAACAACCAACUAAACUCCAAUAUAGACUAAAAUGUGUGCUGGAAUGGAGCGCUAUGGAAGAAAUUUGCAUAAUCUUCCAUGGGAUUUUGGCUUACUUUUAUUGAUCAGGACAACUGAUUUACAUUUUAUGCAGGAGAUAACUGGGUCUCUUCCUUAUGUUGUACCAAAUGACUUAUUCUGUACCUGAACUGGAAGGUUAAUAAAUAUGUUCAGUUCCU